AUGGAAUUCGGAGAACCCUUGCCGGGCGUUUGGAUCACGGAAUUCACUGAUCCACCUGGUAGCAAUAGUACUACGGGAGCCCAUCAGCUGGUUGGCAAUACUGUACUCAAUCCUCCUUUAUUACCACAGGAGGGGCCAUGGAACGUUUCUGCACACCCUCUUCUUCCACCCACAUGUGACAGCUCCCACCUAGCACCAUCGUCAAAUCGAGAUCUUGGGUGGUAUGGAAGUUCGAAUUCCACAGAGGCAUGGAUGCACACAACAAAUUUCGGAAAUUUCCCCUCGACGCCGUCUGAUUACGGACUUCUCCCUUACGGACCAACCCCUCACGACAGACAACAACAACCAUACUCGCCAGAAGAAGAGACGACACCCCUUUCUGCUACAUCUUGUGAUACGGGUGCGGGGUCAUCUGAAAGUGAUCAUAAGCAGGCUAAAAGCUUGUCUACGGGAAGGAAGCGCUUGUCCUGGCGAAAAGGCGAGGGUUCGGUCGACAAAAUGAAAGCUGGCAGAUAUAAGAGAGUGUUGGAACGGAAUAGGGUAGCUGCGGCAAGAUGCCGUGGACGAAAGCGCGAUGAACAGGAGAUACUAGAAACGGAAUUGGAGGAGGCAGAAACGCGGCAUCGAGAACUUUCUGCUUACUACAGUGUUUUGAAGGACGAGGCGUUCAUGGUCAAGUCCGAAAUACUUCAACACAGCAGCUGUGGUUGCGUGGUGAUACAAAGAUACAUCAAAGACGCGGCGCACAAAGUAGUGGAAGAAUCCGUGUCAUCCGACACGAGUCCAGAUGCAUAUGCUGGUGAGGUGGGUUACACAGAUUGGGGCUUCUACUUCCUGGGAGUGGGGGAAAUUGUCUAA